CCGGUGACGUUGUCUCAGCAUACACCGAGCAGACGGCGCCGCGCAAGACGAGCGUCUCCAUCUGAGACGUGUGACGUGUGGCUGUAAGAGCUCAUGAGCUUCCUCUCAGAUGUAGGGUCGCUCCUCUACUGGUCGAUGCUGGCCGCUUGUACUGUGGGCCCCGGCACGGUGGUGACCUGCGCACGCUCCGGAGUGGAGUACCAGCUUCACUUGGUUUGGGCCUUGUGCUUUGCCUCCAUCCUGGCCUACACCUUGCAGGAGGGCAGCGCGCGUCUGACCUUGGUUUCUGGGAAGACCUUGGGACAGUGCUUGCAGGAGAAGUUCAAUGGCUCCAUCUCAGGAGGGCCUGCUCCCCGAGCCUGUUGGGCCUUCAUCAUGGCUGUGUACUGUGGGAACCUGCUGUACCAAUGCAACAACUUUGCCGGUGGCAUUGAUGCCAUUUUCGCCUUCCCAGGAAUCGACGCCUGGCCGUUGAACGCGGUUCGUAUCGCUGGCUGCUUCGCCUAUGGCACGGCUGUCCUGGCGAUCCUUUACUUAGACCAAGUCGACGCCAUUGGCAUCGGUCUGGGCGUGGUGAUGAUGGCCAUGGUUGCACUCUUCCUUGCGGCCGCCAGCACAGUGGACGUCUCCGGGUCCCAGCUGCUUUUGGGCUUCAUCCCCACUCUUCCGCCCAUGUCGCCGCUGCCCUCCGCCGCCGCGCCCUGCGAGAUGGUCUUAAGCUUAGUGGGCACCACGGCCAUUGGUUUUAAUGUCUUCUUGGGCGGAUCUAUGGCUAUUGGCAAGCGCCUCCGCGACUGCCGUCGUGGCAUCGCCUUCUCGAAUCUCGCCACUUUGAUUGUCUCGGUACUCAUCAUGGUGGUGGGCAGUGGCAGCGCCCAGUCCAGCGAACUGCGGACCUUUGACAUCGGCUUGUUGGCCGAUGCGAUCCAGCGACACUUCGGACAUCUAGGCACCAUCACCUUUGCUGUGGGCUUUGUGGCGGCUGCACUCAGCUCGAUGCUCACGACGAUCUUGGGCGUGGUCUUGGCUGCUGAAGGCUUGGUUCUUCCGCCCGGCAAGGACAUCGAGAAUGGUGCCAUGUCGAAGAUUUCCAAGAAAGCCUUCUGGAGCAUCGCUGUAACGAUGGUGUGCAUCGCCAUGACAGCGAUCAUCGCCAACCUGCCGCGGCCCACGGUGAUCCUGGUGGCCCAGCUGUUCAAUGGGAUUCUGUUGCCUGUCUACAGCUUGGCCUUGCUCUUUUGCGUCACUGACCGUCGCUUCAUGGGCUCUGCACCGCAAACGCGUUGCGGGAAUCUGUCGCUGGUGGCAGCCGUCACAGUGACAUUGAUUUUGGCCUGGCGCGUGAUUAUUGAGAAAUCUGCCAUGAUCCUCUCGCUGCUUGUAGGACAGAAUCUGAACGAUGAUCGGGAACUGCUGUUGAUCCUAGCAGCCGCUUGCGGCGUCAUUUCCAUGAUCUUAGCCAUCACCUAUGCCCGCCGCUGGCGCAUGGUCGAAUGUUUGGACUCUUCGGAUGAAGGCGCAGUGAGUAGCUCCAUCAGUGGGACCUCCAUUGGCAACGCCACGGAGUCAGAGGUGGAGGAGACCAAGAGACAGAGUGGCUGGAGCAGCUGGAACUGGAGGAAGAGCAGUCAACGUGGUGCCAAGUGAGGAGACGGAAUGAAGCCGACCAAGCCCAAGACAGGGAGGACAGGGAGGAUGGAGAGUUUCUGAAGCGUUUUUUCCGUUUUCCGGUCAAGCAAAAAGUGGAUCAGCCAACGAGCAAAAAGUGGAGGGCCUUUGAAAAGGGCGGAUCAACCAGGAUUGCCAGACUGGUGCAGACUACUCCCGUUCUUCGCCAAAACACAAACAAAUUCAAG